GGCUUUACGUCACACACCGAACCGUCACGCCUUGCGUCCACUGCGCAUGUCAGUAAUUCCGUCUGUGUUUUGAGUUUAUGUAUGUGUGUCUGCGUGUGUGUUUUUUCCCACACGAGUUUACUGCAAUUCCGAAUUCUCACAACCACCGCCAGAAUGGCAGCUGCACCCCCGAACCCAGACGACUCUAGUCGGGGUAGUAGCGGUAGCAGCACGCCCAGUGUCCUUGUUGGGGACGGGGACACGGAAGAGACCGAGGAUUUCACCUCCUCCUCCCACUGCACAGAGCUGUCUCGGCGGCAGAACGAACAGAGGAAGCAGGGAUUGUUCUGCGACGUGACGCUGGCCUUCAGCAGUGGGGCGGCAACCGGGAAUGUUCAGAGCUGUGAGUUUUCCGCUCACCGUUCUGUACUGGCCGCGGCUACGGACUAUUUCACGCCGUUGCUGGGAGGGCAGUUCUCCGAGUCGCUUUCGGGUCGGGUUGAGAUGAAGGAAUGGAGCGCUGAAUUGGGACCAGACCCGGAGACGGUGGAGAGUGUCAUUCAGUACAUGUACACGGGAGAAAUACGUGUUAGCACCUGCAAUGUGCAUGAAGUGUUAGAGCUUGCUGACAGGUUCCUGCUGCUGCACCUGAAGGAGUUCUGUGGGGAGUUCUUGAAGAAGAAGCUGAGCCUGGCCAACUGUGUGGCGGUGCACAGUCUGGCCCACAUGUACACCCUGGACCAGCUGGCUCUGCGGGCCGCAGACAUGAUCCGACGCAAUUUCCACAAGGUCAUCCAGGACGAGGAGUUCUACACCCUGCCCUUCCACCUGGUGAGGGACUGGCUGUCUGACGCAGAGAUCACCGUGGACGCGGAAGAGGUGCUGUUUGAGGCUGUGGUGAAGUGGGUCCAGAGGAACACAGAACAGCGGGGGAGGUACUUUGAGGAGUUGUUCCGUCUCCUCCGGCUACCCCAGAUUAAGCCCACCUAUCUGACGCGCGUGGUGAAGAACGAGGCACUGGUGGCGGCCAACGAGGCCUGUCUCCGCCUGGUGUCCGAUGCCGUGGAGGGCCACGCCAUCCGCUGUGAGAACCUCAAGUCAGCUGACCUGGAGUUCUGGUCAUCCUACAUGGCCUCCUUCCAGCCGCGCUUCGGCCAGAACAUGGACGUGAUCAUGGUGGUGGGCGGGGUGUCGGAGGGGGGUGACUACCUGAGUGAAUGUGUGGGUUACUUCAUCUACGAGGACCGCUGGGUUAACCUGCCCCACAUCCACAACCACCUGGAUGGCCACGCCAUCGCUACCACAGAGUCCCACAUCUACGUAGCGGGAUCCAUGGAACCGGGCUUCGCCAAGACCGUGGAGCGCUAUAACCCCAACCGCAACACCUGGGAACAGGUGAGUAACCUGACCACACGUAAACACUCCUUUGGUCUCACCUGUAUCAAGGACAUCCUGUAUAGCAUCGGUGGCCAUGGCAACUUCAGCCCCGGCUUCAAGGACGUGAGCGUGUACGAGCCUGAGCUGGACAAGUGGCACAACCUGGAGUCAGCGCCCAAGAUCCUGCGGGACGUGAAGGCGGUGAGCGUGGAGGACCGCUACGUAUACGUGACGGCGCGCACGCCGGUGGACACAGACAACGAGGACGGGCUGAAGACGGUCACCACACGUUACGACACAGAGAGCCGCCAGUGGCAGGACGUGGACUCCCUGCCGCUCAUAGACAACUACUGUGUGUUCCAGAUGGCCGUGGCCCCCACCAACUUCUACCAUACGGCCUCCUGCUGCCCUAAGAGCUACACGGUGCGGGACGAGGCCGCUAAGCAGAAGAUCAGCGGCCACAUCUCAGACGAGAUCCUGGAGAGCUUGCCGCCCGAGGUCACCAGCAUCGAGGGCGCCGCCAUCUGCCACUUCGACGAGGACGUGUUUGUGAUCGGCGGCUGGAAGAACAGCGAUGACGUGGACAAGCAGUACCGCAAAGAGGCCUACCGCUACUCUGCCGAAAGGAAGCGCUGGAUGCUGCUGCCGCCCAUGCCCCAGCCCCGCUGCCGCGCCACCGCCUGUCACGUACGCAUCCCCUACCGCUUCCUGUACGGCUGCCAGCGCUACCCCAUGCCCCAGAACCUGGCCCGCCAGCGGGACCGUAUGCAGCAGAUGCAGCAGCUACACCGGCGCACCCUCACCCUGCGCAGGCAGCUGCAGUCUCAGAUCGAGUGCUGAGCUGUCGCAACCCCUGUCUGUCCAUCACACCCACCCCAGUGGGGGAGCAGCCCAGUCCAGCUCCAAGCCCCAAACAUCCCCUAGCAGCCAUUGUCAUCAACCCCCACCCAUAACCUGCUGGAGCAGCGGCUCCUUUGUUGCUCUCAUGUUGGUUCAUUUUCAAGAGAACUCUGUGCCAGAUCAUCAGGUUGAGAUAUUGGUGUUAGUAGUGACUGUGGUGUUCAAGGCUGGGAGAUGUGGGAGUGAUGUGACUCUGUGCUGGCCAGGUGUUUGUCUAUGUGGGGAGGACAGGCUGAAUGUUACAAAUGUGAAUAGAGUGUUGUACAGUGACCAACAUCGGACUACACUACGUAUGUACGUCAGGCACAGGUGAUGUUUAUCUUUUUAUACAUGCAUAUAGUAUAUAGUUGUAUAUGUAUACUUUUAUUAUAUAUAAAUAUUUUGUGUCUCCCUUUUAUGCUUAUAUGAUGUAGUCAAUGUGACACUUAAGUACGGCAGAAUCUACAUUCCUCCAAUCCAAUGUGCUUAGUGAAGUCAGUCGUUCUCUAUGACAUUCCACACUGUAAGUCUCUCCGUGCAAAUAUCACACACACUUACAUACGAGCAUCGCGAUACUGGUAUUGUCCCGACCCUACAGCUGCACAGAGUGUGUGUAGGACUCGAUCACACUCUGUGCAGCUGUAGGGUCGGGACAAUACCAGUAUCGCGAUGCUCGUUGCUGCUGUGGCAAGUGAACGUAACACAAAGCAUAUUUAACGUCUUUAGGAAAACAAACAUUUAAUGUUUUCAUCCAGAGUCACAUUUAUUUUUCCACAAAUAUUUUACAUUUUACAUGGGAAAAGUAUUGCGAUUACUGGUGUCAUGCUGGCCCUACCAGUCAGUUGGACCAAACCCUUACCAAUGCCCGAUGGCUUUGCUUUAUAUUAGCUUCAUCUGAAUGGCUCUGCUUCUUGUUAUUAUAGCUUUGAUACAGGAGCUCAAAAUGAAUGGCAGGAGAAUAGUCUCAUUCCAGAUCUACUGUCCAAGAGCGGUCAACUUGUGACAGAGCCUGGACUCGAACCCAGAAUCUCUAGUGGCACAGCUAGCACUGCGAUGCAGUGCCUUAGACCACAGCACCACCUGGGAGGCCCCUCAAGGAAACAGUCUUUAACAUGGUAACAUUCCAUCAACCAUUGCGUUGAAUUAUUCUUCAGUCUUCUGCUCGUCACAUUCCUGUUGGUAGGAAACAUUGUGUGGAAGGCCCUAGGUGGGAGUUUGUGAGUGAAUGUUUCUCUUUUUAUUUUUGUCUGCAUUGGUUUUAUUGAGUUUAACGGCUGGAGGGUGUAGUUCUGAUGGAGGACUUGAUAAUGUGUGUGUCUUGAGUACGGUAAGAAUGCUUGGCAAAGCUGGUGAAAAGCAUGCCUAGUAGUGCACUUCUACCCUUAAUCAGUUAGUAAUAUUUAUGUCCGAGUGGGUUUACCUGUUAUAUUUGGCCAAUUUUUAUUUUUGUAUUUAUCAUUUAAUCCAACUUCAGCCGAUAAUCUAUUCUGUUCCCAUGUGAGAAAAUAUGUACACUACAGUGAUUUGCUUAGUAAUCCAAAAUGAAUGUGAUGUGAAGUGUGAGGCAGCCCUGUUGCUGUACCUCAGGGCUUAUUCAGGGGUUCAUCUGAGAGAUCCGGCCACAUUGUUACAUGUUCUCCUCACCCUCCAAAGACAGUUGGGGGGGUUAUUUCAGGGGUACUCCAGGCAGAGCAAAAUUCAGUUGGUGGUACGGUAACCAAAAAAGGUUGUGAACCACUGGUAUAGACUAGAUGGUAUCCUUAUGUUACUGAGCGGAAUGAUCAUAUCAAGGUGAAUGUGUUGAGUUCAAGAGUUCAUUGAUUGUUAUAAGCACUAUCCCUGAAGCUCAUUUAUAACAUAAAGCACUAUGAUUUUGAGAAUGCAAUGCAAGUGUAUUUCCUCAGUUUUGUUUCUCUUGCAUAGCAUUUGAAAUAAUUGUAUUGACAUAUGUUGGCAAUAUAUAUUUUGCUUUGCAUGUGGCAGUCUGGCAUUGUGUCAAUAUAUUGGAUGUAAAAAAAAAAUGCCGAUGUCAUCACUUGCAAUUAAAAUGUCCAAUUUUUUUUAUAUGA